GCUCGGAGAACUAACUAGGAACAUCGACGCCGGAGACUGUGGCCACGAGGCGGGCGGGGUGAGAAGUGCCCGUGGCAUGGCUCUGCCCUCGCGUGCGUGGGGUGUUGAACAGCAUGGCACGUUCCGCGUGACGAUUUCUAGCCUGGCUCUCAAUCGAAUAAGCACAGGUUUCAGAGUUCAGCUCUCAGGGUUUCAACUCUCCGAGGAAAACAAGCAAUGUCUGUUUCUCCAAGGAACUGGGUGCAGUGUUUUGACACCUAUUCAAAUGUUUCCUAGCGUGUAAUUUCUGGUCAAAUUGAGGCAAGGCCCCGAAUUUAAUGAGGGGGCGAUGAGUGAGUUGAAUGAGAGUGAGAAGUUUGUAAACAAAGGAGCUGUGAUUUGUAAGUGCAAAAUCGAAGGCGGAGAAAACAGGGAUGAGACAGCAUUUGUAAAUAUGUAUUGACUGAAGUUUUUUUUUUACUACUGAAUCUCUCAACGGAAUCAUGGAAGAGAAACAGCAAAUCAUAUUGGCCAAUCAAGAUGGAGGGACAGUGACAGGAGCACCACCUACCUUCUUUGUCAUCCUAAAACAGCCAGGAAAUGGCAAAACUGAUCAAGGAAUUUUGGUUACAAAUAGAGAUGCCCGUGCUUUGUUGAGUAGGGAGUCAUCACCAGGAAAAUCUAAAGAGAAAAUUUGCCUUCCAGCUGAUUGUACUGUGGGAAAAAUCACUGUUACCCUUGAUAACAAUAGUAUGUGGAAUGAGUUCCAUAAUCGAAGCACAGAGAUGAUUCUGACCAAACAGGGAAGACGCAUGUUUCCUUAUUGUCGCUAUUGGAUAACAGGCUUAGAUUCAAAUUUAAAGUAUAUCCUUGUAAUGGACAUAUCUCCCGUGGAUAGUCAUCGGUAUAAGUGGAAUGGUCGUUGGUGGGAACCCAGUGGCAAGGCUGAACCCCAUAUUUUGGGGAGAGUUUUCAUUCAUCCAGAAUCUCCUUCUACAGGUCAUUAUUGGAUGCAUCAACCAGUAUCUUUCUAUAAACUCAAACUUACCAACAAUACACUGGACCAGGAAGGACAUAUCAUCUUGCACUCUAUGCAUCGUUACCUGCCAAGACUUCAUUUGGUGCCAGCAGAAAAGGCUACAGAAGUGAUACAGUUAAAUGGCCCUGGUGUUCAUACUUUUACUUUCCCCCAGACUGAAUUUUUUGCAGUAACAGCUUAUCAGAACAUUCAGAUUACUCAGUUGAAAAUAGAUUAUAAUCCAUUUGCCAAAGGCUUUCGGGAUGAUGGGUUGAGCAGUAAACCUCAGAGAGAUGGAAAACAGAGAAAUAGCUCUGAUCAAGAAGGGAAUAGUGUUUCUAGUUCUCCUGGUCAUCGUGUUCGUCUUACAGAAGGUGAGGGGUCAGAGAUACAUUCAGGUGAUUUUGAUCCUGUGUUAAGGGGUCAUGAAACAUCAAGUCUUGGUUUAGAGAAGGCUCCCCAUAAUGUAAAACAAGACUUUCUUGGAUUUAUGAAUACUGAUUCGACACAUGAAGUUCCUCAGUUGAAACAUGAGAUUUCUGAAAGUCAUAUUGUGAACAGUUUUGAAGAUGAUUCCCAGAUUUCUUCACCAUUAAACCCGAAUGGAAACUUUAAUGUCGUCAUUAAAGAGGAGCCUCUAGAUGAUUAUGAUUAUGAACUUGGUGAAUGCCCAGAAGGGAUUGCAGUGAAACAAGAAGAGACAGAUGAGGAAACGGAUGUAUAUUCAAACAGCGAUGAUGAUCCUAUACUAGAGAAACAACUAAAGAGGCACAAUAAAGUUGAUAAUUUGGAAGCUGACCAUUCGCCUUAUAAAUGGCUACCAAAUAGCCCAGGUGUUGCUAAAGCUAAAAUGUUUAAAUUAGAUGCUGGGAAAAUGCCAGUAGUUUACCUGGAGCCCUGUGCUGUCACAAAAAGCACAGUGAAAAUUUCUGAAUUACCUGAUAAUAUGCUUUCCACAUCUCGAAAAGAUAAAUCUAUGUUGGCAGAAUUAGAAUAUUUGCCUGCAUAUAUUGAAAAUUCUGAUGGGACUGGCUUUUGCUUAAGCAAGGAUUCAGAAAAUAGUCUCAGAAAACAUUCAUCAGAUCUCAGAAUUGUACAAAAAUAUACUUUACUUAAAGAGCCUAAUUGGAAAUACCCUGACAUAUUUGACAACUGUAAUGCGGAAAGAAUACAUGACAGUUCAAAAGGAUCAACUGGAGACUCAUUUUCAGGAAAAGAGGACCUAGGCAAAAAGCGAACAACGAUGCUUAAAAUGGCAGUACCCUCAAAGACUGUGACUGCUAGUCAGAGGGCCUCUCCAAACACUCCAGGGAAAAGAGGGAGGCCCAGGAAGUUGAGGCUCUCUAAGGCAGGGCGACCACCUAAAAACACAGGGAAAUCUUUAACUGCAUCAAAGAACAUUCCUGUAGGCCCUGGAAGUGCCUUUCCUGACGUGAAGCCUGACCUGGAAGAUGUGGAUGGUGUGCUCUUUGUUUCCUUUGAAUCAAAGGAGGCUCUUGAUAUUCAUGCAGUUGAUGGGACAACAGAAGAACCUUCUAGUCUUCAGACCACAACAACAAAUGAUCCAGGUUGCAGAACAAGAAUUUUCCAGUUGGAAAAGGAAUUAAUAGAAGAUUUGAAGUCUUUGAGGCAUAAGCAGGUGAUACAUCCUGCUCUUCAAGAAGUGGGCUUAAAACUGAAUUCGGUGGAUCCAACAAUGAGCAUUGAUCUUAAAUACUUGGGAGUACAAUUGCCUUUGACUCCAGCCACCAGCUUUCCCCUAUGGAAUGUUACAGGAGGAACCAACCCUGCCUCACCUGAUGCUGGAUUUCCUUUUGUUUCUAGGACAGGGAAGACCAACGACUUUACCAAGAUCAAGGGAUGGAGAGGAAAAUUUCAGAAUGCUUCUGCAUCUAGGAAUGAAGGUGGAAAUUCAGAGUCUUCACUGAAAAACCGUUCUGCUUUCUGUAGUGAUAAGCUAGAUGAGUACUUGGAAAAUGAAGGCAAAUUGAUGGAAACAAGCAUGGGUUUCUCUUCAAAUGCUCCCACAUCUCCAGUAGUGUACCAGCUACCCACCAAGAGUACCAGCUAUGUUCGAACUCUUGAUAGUGUACUAAAGAAGCAAUCUACCAUUUCCCCUUCUACCUCUCACUCUGGGAAGCCUCGUUCUGUAACCACUGCUUCUCGAAAAACAAAGGCUCAGAACAAACAGACAACACUCAGUGGCCGAACUAAAUCAUCUUAUAAGUCUAUUUUACCAUACCCUGUCUCACCAAAGCAGAAAAACUCUAAUGUGAGCCCCGGAGAUAAAAUUACCAAGAAUUCCUUAAGUUUGACUUCAGAUAAUCAGGUGACUAACUUGGUUGUGCCAUCUGUAGAUGAAAGUGCAUUUCCAAAGCAGAUUAGUUUGCGGCAGGCCCAGCAGCAGCACCUUCAGCAGCAAGGAACUCGCCCUCCAGGCUUGUCGAAAUCUCAAGUAAAGCUUAUGGACCUGGAAGACUGUGCGCUCUGGGAAGGAAAACCAAGGACCUAUAUUACUGAAGAGCGAGCAGAUGUCUCCUUGACAACUCUGCUUACUGCUCAAGCAUCUCUCAAAACUAAACCUAUCCACACAAUCAUAAGGAAACGAGCUCCGCCAUGCAACAAUGACUUCUGUCGCCUGGGCUGUGUGUGUUCCAGUCUAGCUUUGGAGAAGCGCCAGCCUGCUCACUGCCGCCGACCAGACUGCAUGUUUGGUUGCACUUGUUUGAAAAGAAAAGUUGUGUUGGUUAAAGGGGGAUCUAAAACAAAGCAUUUCCAUAAGAAGGCUGCUAAUCGAGAGCCAUUAUUUUAUGAUACACUGGGAGAGGAAGGAAGGGAAGGAGGAGGAGUCAGAGAAGAUGAGGAACAAUUGAAGGAGAAAAAGAAGAGAAAGAAGCUUGAAUACACUGUAUGUGAAGCAGAACCUGAGCAGCCUGUUCGACAUUACCCACUGUGGGUGAAAGUAGAAGGUGAAGUAGAUCCAGAGCCGGUUUAUAUACCAACCCCUUCUGUCAUUGAACCUAUAAAACCAUUGGUGUUGCCUCAGCCGGAUGUAUCUUCUACUACCAUGAAGGGCAAACUAACCCCUGGAAUUAAACCAGCACGAGCAUAUACUCCCAAACCCAAUCCUGUGAUACGAGAAGAGGACAAAGAUCCAGUCUAUUUGUACUUUGAAAGUAUGAUGACUUGUGCCCGAGUUCGAGUGUAUGAACGAAAGAAAGAGGAACAGAAACUGUCUCCACCCCUGUCUCCAUCCUCAUCAUUUCAGCCGCAGAGUUCCUGUUACUCUAGUCCUGACAACCAUGUUACAAAGGAACUUGAUUCUGAACAGACUUUAAAGCAACUCAUUUGUGACUUGGAGGAUGAUUCUGAUAAAUCACAAGAAAAGAGCUGGAAAUCCUCCUGUAAUGAAGGAGAGUCCUCGUCUACCUCUUAUGUACAUCAGAGGUCACCUGGUGGUCCCACCAAAUUGAUAGAGAUCAUCUCAGACUGCAACUGGGAAGAAGAUCGAAACAAGAUCUUGAGCAUUUUGUCUCAGCACAUCAAUAGCAACAUGCCACAGUCACUUAAGGUGGGCAGCUUCAUCAUUGAGUUGGCUUCUCAGCGGAAGUGUCGGGGUGAGAAGACCCCUCCUGUUUAUUCUUCUCGUGUGAAAAUCUCUAUGCCAUCAAGUCAAGACCAAGAUGAUAUGGCUGAGAAAUCUGGAUCAGAGACUCCUGAUGGUCCAUUGUCCCCUGGGAAAAUGGAUGAUAUCUCUCCUGUGCAGACAGAUGCCCUGGAUUCAGUGAGGGAGAGAUUACAUGGAGGCAAAGGUUUGCCUUUUUAUGCAGGGCUUUCUCCUUCGGGGAAGCUUGUGGCCUAUAAACGUAAACCCAGUUCAACUACAUCUGGGCUUAUCCAGGUUAAUGGUAAGAGUUACCCGCAGGCUAAGUUGCUAUUGGGACAGAUGGGGGCAUUGCAUCCAGCCAAUAGGCUAGCUGCUUAUAUCACAGGCAGGUUGCGACCCUCAGUCCUGGACCUCUCAACCCUCAGUACUGUCAUCUCCAAGGUAGCAUCCAAUGCCAAGGUGGCUGCAUCCAGGAAACCACGCACCCUGUUGCCUUCAACAUCCAAUUCCAAAAUGGCAUCCUCUGGCUCAACAACAAAUCGUGCUGGGAAGAAUCCGAAGGCAUUUGUUCCAGCAAAAAGGCCAAUUGCAGCGCGGCCCUCUCCUGGUGGUGUGUUCACACAGUUUGUGAUGAGCAAAGUUGGUGCCUUACAGCAGAAGAUACCUGGAGUUCGCACACCUCAACCCCUUACAGGGCCACAGAAGUUCAGUAUCAGGCCUUCUCCAGUAAUGGUCGUCACACCUGUGGUUUCUUCUGAGCAAGUUCAGGUGUGCAGCACUGCAACUGCUGCUGCCACUACUUCCCCUCAAAUGUUUCUAGAAAAUGUUACUGCUGUGCCAUCUCUGACUGCUAAUUCUGAUAUGGGAGCUAAAGAAGCUACUUAUUCUUCUAGUGCCUCCACUGCUGGGGUUGUUGAGAUUUCUGAAAGUAAUAACACUACCCCUGUAACAUCUACCCAGUCUACAGCCACUGUGAACCUUACCAAAACUACUGGGAUAACUACUAGCCCCGUGGCUUCAGUUUCGUUUCCUAAACCAUUGGUAGCAUCUCCAACCAUAACUCUUCCUGUUGCUUCCACUGCCUCCACCUCCAUAGUUGUGGUGACUACAGCUUCAUCUUCCUCCGUGGUGACCACACCUACUUCAUCAUUGAGUUCUGUACCUAUUAUACUCUCAGGAAUUAAUGGAAGUCCACCAGUGAGCCAGAGACCAGAAAAUUCCCCUCAAAUUCCAGUGACUACUGCACAGAUCUCUCCUAACAACGUGAAACGUACUGGACCUCGAUUGUUGUUGAUUCCAGUGCAACAGGGUUCGCCUACGCUUAGACCAAUCCAAAACCCACAGCUUCAGGGACAGCGGAUGGUCUUGCAACCUGUAAGGGGUCCAAGUGGAAUGAACCUAUUCAGGCAUCCCAAUGGACAGAUUGUCCAACUCCUACCUUUACAUCAGAUUCGAGGCUCUAAUACCCAGCCCAGCUUACAGCCUGUGGUAUUUCGGAACCCAGGAUCUCUGGUGGGAAUCCGACUACCAGCUCCUUGCAAAUCUUCAGAGACUCCAUCAUCUUCUGCUUCAUCCUCUGCCUUCUCUGUCAUGAGUCCUGUAAUUCAGGCUGUUGGGUCUUCUCCAACAGUAAAUGUCAUUUCUCAGGCACCUUCAUUGCUUUCCUCUGGAUCUAGUUUUGUCUCUCAGGCUGGUACACUGACUCUGAGGAUUUCUCCUCCUGAAACUCAAAAUCUGGCAAGUAAAACAGGCUCUGAAAGCAAAAUAACACCCAGCACUGGAGGGCAGCCUGUGGGCACUGCUAGCCUCAUUCCUCUGCAGUCAGGUAGCUUUGCCUUGUUGCAGCUCCCAGGACAAAAACCUGUCCCUAGCUCUGUUCUUCAGCAUGUUGCUUCCCUUCAAAUAAAAAAGGAAUCUCAGAGUAUAGACCACAAAGAUGAAACAAACUCUAUCAAAAGAGAGGAGGAAACUAAGAAAGCUCUACCAUCAAAAGAUGAAACUGUAGACCCUGAGGCUAACAUAAUGAAGCAAAACUCAGGAAUUGUUGCCUCAGAAGAUACCUUGAAUAAUUCAUUGGAUGGUGGGGGUGAUCUCUUGGAUGAAGAAACCCUGAGGGAAGAUGCCAGACCUUAUGAAUACUCUUACAGCAAUGGGUCUCAUACAGAUGAAGACAAAGAUGGUGAUGAGGAAUCUGGGAACAAGAAUCAUAAUAGUACAAAAGAAAAACAGACUGUUCCAGAAGUUACCGCUGCCUCUGAAAAUAAUGACAUUAUAACACUCCAAAAUGUCAGAAAAGUACGACCUCAAAGGUGUGUUGAGGUGAAGGUUGAACAGCAGCAGGGAUUAGACAAUCCAGAGAACCCAGAUGAUUUUCUAGUCCUCUCUAAGGAGGAAAGUAAAUUUGAAUUAUCAGGGAGCCAAGUUAAGGAACAGCAAUCUAACUCACAGGCAGAGGCCAACAAGGAUUGUGAAGACUCUCUGGGAAAGGACAAAUUUAGAGAGAGAUGGAAAAAACACCUAAAGGUCCCCUUAACUCAGAAGUACACUGGAAUUUCACAGAACUUUAAGAAAGAGGCAAACAUUCAGUUCCUUACAGAAAUGAAGCCGGGUCGAGAAAAUUCUGAGCAGGAUCUCUCGGAAUUACUUACAAAAAGUGGAACUAUUGAGAGUGGUGGAGUUUUAAAAACUGAAGAUGGUUCUUGGAGUGGCAUUUCUAGUUCUGCAGCCUUCUCAAUUAUUCCUAGGAGAGCUACAAAAGGAAGAAGAGGGAGCAGAUGUUUUCAGGGUCAUUUACUGCUCCCUGGAGAACAGAUGAAACCAAAGCAACAGACAAAGGGUGGGAAAAGCAGUGCUGACUUCACAAUUUUGGAUCUGGAAGAUGAGGAUGAGGAAGAUGAGAAUGAGAAAACCGAUGACUCUCUUGAUGAGAUUGUGGAUGUUGUCUCUGGCUACCAGAGUGAGGAGGUUGAUGUAGAAAAGAAUAACUAUGUAGACUAUAUUGAGGAUGAUGAGCAGGUGGAUGUUGAGACAAUAGAAGAGCUCUCAGAGGAAAUUAACUUUACCUACAAGAAGACUACAGCAACUCACACACAGUGCUUCAAACAGCAGUGUCAUAGCCAUAUCUCUGCAGAUGAAAAAGCUUCUGAAAAGAGUCAAAAGGUUUCAUUAAUUUCUUCAAAAUUGAAAGAUGAUUGCUGGAGUGAUAAACCACACAAAGAAACAGAAGCUUUUGCAUAUUACCGGCGGACACACACUGCCAAUGAGCGGCGGCGGCGUGGUGAAAUGAGGGAGCUUUUUGAAAAAUUGAAGAUUACAUUAGGAUUACUUCAUUCUUCCAAAGUUUCCAAAAGUCUCAUUCUUAAUCGGGCAUUCAGUGAAAUUCAAGGACUAACAGACCAGGCAGAUAAAUUGAUAGGGCAGAAAAAUCUCCUGAGUCGAAAACGAAGUAUUUUAAUACGGAAGGUAUCGUCUCUUUCAGGGAAGACAGAAGAAGUGGUCCUGAAGAAACUAGAGUAUAUUUAUGCAAAACAACAAGCACUAGAGGCACAAAAACGAAAAAAGAAGAUGGGAUCAGAUGAAUUUGGUAUGUCUCCUAGAAUUGGCACACAGCUGGAGGGAUCUUCUUCAUUGUCUGUAGAUCUCGGACAGAUGCUCAUGAGUAACAGAAGGGGGAAACCUUUGAUUCUUUCCAGAAAAAGAGACCAGGCUACAGAAAAUGCUUCGCCUUCUGACACUCCACACUCCUCUGCCAACCUGGUGAUGACUCCACAAGGGCAGUUACUUACCCUAAAAGGCCCCUUAUUCUCAGGACCGGUGGUAGCAGUUUCUCCUGCUCUCUUAGAAGGUGGUCUGAAACCUCAAGUUGCAAGCAGUACUGUGGCUCAAUCAGAGAACGAUGACUUAUUUAUGAUGCCACGAAUUGUCAAUGUGACAUCAUUGGCUGCAGAGGAAGAUUUGGGAGGUAUGAGUGGCAACAAAUACAUUCAUGAAGUUCCUGAUGGCAAGCCACUUGACCACCUGAGAGACAUUGUUGGGGGUGACACUAGCUCCUUAAAAGAUACAGAGAGGAUCUCUUCCAGAGGAAACCAUCGAGACAGCAGAAUGGCACUGGGUCCAACACAAGUGUUUUUGGCAAAUAAAGAUUCUGGGUUUCCACAUGUAGCCGAUGUUUCCACUAUGCAGACAGCACAGGAGUUUAUACCUAAAAAAAUAUCUGGUGAUCUGAGAGGGCAUCGGUAUAAAUGGAAGGAGUGUGAGUUGAGAGGAGAGAGACUAAAGUCAAAGGAGUCUCAAUUUCAUAAAUUAAAGAUGAAGGAUCUCAAGGACUCCAGCAUAGAGAUGGAGCUGAGGGAAGUAGCCUCAGCUAUUGAGGAAGCAGCCCUCGAUCCCAGCGAGCUGCUGACUAACACAGAAGAUGAGGAUGACACUGACGAGACGCUGACUUCACUACUCAAUGAAAUUGCUUUUCUUAAUCAGCAACUAAAUGAUGACUCUGGCCUGGCUGAACUGUCUGGUUCUAUGGAUACAGAAUUCCCAGGGGACGCUCAGAGAGCUUUUAUCAGUAAACUUGCUCCUGGGAACAGAUCAGCUUUCCAGGUUGGACAUUUGGGGACAGGGGUGAAAGAGUUGCCUGAUGUCCAAGAGGAGAGUGAAUCCAUCAGUCCUCUCCUCUUACACUUGGAAGAUGAUGAUUUUUCUGAGAAUGAAAAACAGCUUGGGGACACAGCCUCUGAGCCAGAUGUCCUUAAGAUUGUUAUUGACUCUGAGAUAAAGGAUUCUCUUGUUUCCCAUAGGAAAUCUAGUGAUGGAGGGCAGAAUACUUCUGGUCUCCAUGCAGAGCCUGAAAGCGUAUCUUCUCCUCCCAUCUUACACAUGAAGACUAGCCCGGAGAACAGCAACACAGAUACUUUGUGGAGGCCCAUGCCAAAGUUGGCCCCUUUAGGUUUAAAAGUAGCUCAUCCCCCCAGUGAUGUCGACGGUCAGAGUCUCAAGGUGAUGCCUGCCUUGGCACCUAUAGCUUCCAAAGUUGGGUCAGUUGGACACAAAAUGAACUUAACAGGAAGUGACCAGGAAGGUCGGGGGAGCAAGGUCAUGCCUACAUUGGCACCUGUUGGACCUAAAUUGGGCAACUCUGGGGUUCCAUCAAGUUCAUCAGGGAAAUGAACUUGUUCGUCCUCAUGCAAAAGCCAGGCAAUGAGGGGAAAUUGAAUUCCACCUCCUUUCUCUGUAGUGGGCAUCUGUGUGUUUGUAUUAUGGAACUAUUAUCUUUGACUUAAUUAUGUGUGAAUAUUAAUGGAGAAAGGGGGUGUAGGGUGCUGGUACUGGUGUUUGAAAUUCUGAUCAUGUUAAAAAUGUGUUACCUCACUUGUGGUGCUGGGUCCCCUCAUCUUCUCUAAGAAGGUGUGAUUCCCUCUUGCCCAAGGAAUUCAUAACAAGAUUCUGGCUCCAUCAACUACCUUAUUUUUUCCCCUGAGAAAAUGCUUGAGACUUGGAAUUACUAUGGACUAAACAAACUAUAAGUGAUAGUUGUUGGCUCUGAAAUCUGAGAAUUAUGAUACAGUUGUGUGAAGGGAUCUAGAAAGAACUUUAAGUCAUUAUUUCAAUAGUAGGGUGUGGUAGGACUGGGCAUGGUACUUGUAAUUCCAGUACUUAGAAGCAGAAGGAGUGCAAGUUUGUGUCUACCCUGGGCUAUCAAGGACACACACACACACAAUUGGGGUGGGGGAGAGAAUGCUAUGGUAGAUAGGAGGAAUCUAAGGAAUACCAAAGUGAAGGGAUUUUGUUGUUAAGCAGAGUGUUGUUUCAUAUCCAGAAUAGCUGUUCCCUUACCCUUUCAGUCAUAAUUAAAAACUUUAGCUUUCUGGUAAAGUAGAAAUAUACUUUUUACUUUUACUAAUAACAUACUUAUUUUCAGAGACUUAAAAAAGAGAUAAUUCUUUAUUUCUUUUGGGAUAUUACAAAGAUUCAUUCAUAAUACCAGGGAUUUCUACUCAUUAUUUGUUUUUUGAAAAUAGACAUAGGGGGCAGCCCUUCCCUUUCCCAAAUCAUGUCACUCAAGAAACAGCUAAAAUGAAAAGCAGUUUCUCCCUUAACCAGAGACCGUAGCCAAAAUAAUUUAUGGGGCUGGAUAUUUCCCAAAUGAAACCAGCCUCUAGGUGCUUGAAGGUUUUGUUCACUGUCACCUGCACAGGGUGUAAAGAAAAGGCGAGUCAGAGUGAGCAAUUUUGACCAGGGAAGUAAGGCAGUAUUUGAGUCACAAAAUAUAUUUUUUAUCUGCUAUCAUGGCAUCAAUGGUCUGUAGAGCUUUUUCACUCAUUAACUGUCAGGGUAUGAAGGACUGACAACCUGUAAAGAUGAAGAUAUUUAUAUUUUUGUAUAGUUGUUUUCAUAGAUUUCUCAAAGGAUGAAGUUUUCGACCUAGAAGAGAUUUGUAUUGAGUAUAGAAAUGUUUCCUAUCUAGUUUGUAAAUAAUCAUGGUGCAUUUGAGGGGUCUCUUGGAAACUCCUGAGGCAAGAAUCACUGUUCUGAAAAUGUAUAGACUGAGAUUUAGCUGCUGCAUUUUGCCUUUCUUAAAUAAUUAUAUUUUGGAAUGUAACCUGUUCUGUCUUCAAUGACAGGAUUUGCUUGUGUUGUAAAAACACAUUAACACAAGUGCUUCCGGUGCCUGGGCUGUGCCUGGGUGAUUGUAUUUCUUUUACACUACUGCGUCGUUAUCCUAAAUCCCACUCUGUAUCUUCUGACCUAGGUUGUGAGACCAACUUUGGAAUGAAUCUAGCCAGUGAAUUACUUCCAUGUUUGAUUCCCUUUUUAGAUUAACUCUGAUAAUCAUUAGAUUGAAAUGAUGAAAAACUGACACUGAAAAAUGCAGUGGUAGUAAAUCCUGCAUUGGUUUUGUGCUGCAUGCCCUAGGUAGGUCAUCAGCACUUAACCCUUGCUGUUUACUACAAAAGCCUGAUGUAGUAAAAGCAGUAUUCCGCAGCUUCUCCUUCAUCCUUUCUGCCCUUUACCCAGCUGACCUUAUCCAAUGCCUUAGCCAAGGAGUGCAGCACCUGUCGCCCUCGCUAACAGCUGUCCUCAGAGACAGGGCUAGUUCUUCAGCCCAGGUAGAGCAGUUCACAGUGGUUUUAUUGCCUGUUUCUUUCCCGUGUUUCCUUCUGGCUUCCUGGAGCCCAUUUGGGUUUUGAGAGUCAGACAAGAAACAAGACAAGGGAGUGAAUAAUCCUCAGGAAAAGAAGGACCAUUGUAGCUUCUAAAUACUUUUUUCUCCUUUUUUCUUUUUCUUUCUUUUCUUUUUUUAUUUGAAAAAAGCAUAGACAAAACAGGUCAGGGUUUAUUCUUAAUUGGAAGAUACUUGCCUGUGUUUAUGAAAGAUGUACAAAGAUAGAGAUGAGAUUUGGUUCCAAGUGUUCAGGGAAAGCUGCAGAUGUCAUUGCAAACUCCCAAGAUACAUUGUUCUUAAGACAGAUUUAGGAGCUAUCAGGUCUAUUUUGAGGAGGGUUUAGUCUUUAGAACAAUCUUGUAGUCUUGACAGAAAUCCAAAAUCUCCCUAAACUCCUACCCUUUAACCUUACAUUAGGAGAAACUGAUCUAUUAAAAUUACAUGUAUGAUUAUGAAAAGUGAAUUUAAGUAAGAACAUUGGAGGAACCUGGAAAAAAGCUCCCACCCUAACUAAGAAGCAUGAUCUCAGUAGACCAAUAACUCGCCUUUUUUUAUACACCUGUAAAUAAAUGGAAUGUUUUUAAGAAUAUAAUUAUGUCAGAUUUAGCAUUUUCUUUUAUAUAUUAAAUAUAUAUCUUUCA